AUGGCCGAAGAACAGAAGACCCCCGUUACCAACGCCGAGGCCGAGAAGGAUGUUCAGAAUGUGCUCGCUGAGCUGAAAGGCGAGAACGCCACUUCCGCGCAGCCCGCCCAGGACGCCGAUGAGGCUCGCAUUGUCGCUGAAGCCGCUAAGCUCGGUGAGAAGUCUGAGAAGGAGCAGGAGAAGUCUUCCGAGCCCCAGGAGAAGCGCGAGACUCGCACAUUCCAGCGCGGUGGCCGUGGUGGCCGCGGAGGUGCUCGUUACAAGACCAAGUUCGACCCCUCCACUCUGGAGGAGACCGAUGACCCUGUGGAGAUUCGCAAGCAGGUCGAAUUCUACUUCUCUGACUCUAACCUCCCCAUGGACAAGUUCCUCCUCUCUAAGGUCGGCGGCAGCGCCAACAACGCCGUUCCCCUUGAGCUCCUGCACUCCUUCAAGCGCAUGCGUCGCUUCCAACCUUUCUCCGCCAUCGUUGAGGCCCUCAAGACCGCCGAGAAUGUUGAAUUGACCGACAACGACACCGCUGUCAAGCGCAAGGUUCCUCUCCCCGAGUCCGUCGACGAUCACGAGAACAAGGCAAUCAAGGUUUUCGAAGAUGCCUCCAUGGCCCGCUCCAUCUACGUCAAGGGCUUCGGCUUCGGUGAGGAACAGCCCACCACCCAGCUCGAUAUCGAGGCUUUCUUCGCCCCCUAUGGCCCCAUUAAUGCCAUCCGUCUCCGCCGCACUAUCGACAAGACUUUUAAGGGCAGCAUCUUCGUCGAGUUCGUCGAUGAGGACAAGCAGAAGGCUUUCCUCGCCCUUGAGGCGAAGCCCCAAUGGGAAGGCAAGGAGCUGACCUACAAGAGCAAGAAGGAGUACUGCGACGAGAAGGUCGAGGAGAUCAAGGCUGGCAAGGUCUACCCCUCUGACGGUCGCAACCGCGGCCGCAGCGGUGGCCGUGGUCGUGGCGGCCGUGGUGGUCGUGGUGGCCGUGGUGGACGUGGUAGUGACCGUCGCGGUGACCGCGGUGACCGCAACGACCGUGACUGGCGCGAGCGCCGCACCGAGGACCAGCAGAACGGCUUCCAGGCCUCCAAGGAGGCCCAGAAGGAUUCCAACGGUGUCCCCGUGGUGCAGAGCACCAAGCGCUCUCGUGAUGACGAGGGUGCCAACGGCGACCACCCCGCCAAGAAGGCCGACACCAAGGAGUAA